GCGCAUUUCCACCACCAUAAAGUCGGGGAGAGCCCACGUCGGCCCCUCUCGCAAUGGCCCAGUAUCAAUCUACACCCUUGCGCCGAUUACGUCUCCCCGAAAAUACGAUUCUCGCGCCUUGCAACUGCUUCCCUCCAUCCACGCACAUGCAGUAGAGAGUCAAAAUCAGUCCUCCAUAUCAGGCUACAUUACAAGAAAGCCUCUUGCAUCUUUGAUCCACCAGCGCGACACCCCAAAAUGAACUCUAUCAGUCUUGCCUCGGUCAUUGCGUUUUUUGGCAUAUUAGCCUUACAGCCUGCUCUCGUCAAUUCCGAUGGGAAAAACGCCCUUUUCCUCUGUAAUGGAGCUGAAUUUUCACUUGCGCAAGCUAAAACACAAGUUUCAUACGCCUACACCAUCAAACAAUCAAAACGAUGGGAAAGGAAAAAACAGGCUAACCAGAUGAUCUAUCCUUUAGAAUUCAACCAUCCGGACUUUCCUAAUAGUUAUAUAUUUCCUAUCCGCCAAGAUUCCAAUAGGCGUAAUGGCUGUUAUGUGACUCACACUGAUACUAAAGCCAAUGCCCCUUAUGGGUGCCCACUACACUUCAGUAGUUAUAUGGUGGUGAUGGAUGAUUUUGAUAAUCUUUUGGGUAUGGUAUGGUACAGUAAUCAUCAAUACAAUAGCUGUCAUCGAGAAGAUUUUGAUGGAAGCGAUAUCUCACUAGCAAGCCUGGCCAGCGACUCGGAUUAA